UGAACACUUCUCUCUCUCUUUCUCUCUCUCUCUCUCUCUCUCUCUCUGUUCUGAAUAUUUUGGGUGGGUUGUGAAGAGAUGGGUAUAAAUUCAAACAGAGUGGAACACUUUUUAGACCAUGAAACCACCACAGUGACAAUUUCUACAGAGGCAAUGCCACCAUUGGAAUUGCACAGAGUCUGUUUGCCACCCCACAAAACUACUUUUCAAAAACUGAGACACAGACUCUCUGAGAUCUUCUUCCCUGACAACCCGCUUCACCAGUUCAAGAACCAAACAUGGUUGAGGAAAUUGGUGCUGGGUCUUCAGUUUUUCUUCCCUGUUUUUCAAUGGGGAUCAAGUUACAGUCUUGACCUUCUCAGGUCUGAUGUCAUCUCUGGUCUCACCAUUGCUAGCCUUGCUAUCCCACAGGGAAUAAGUUAUGCAAAACUUGCGAAUUUACCACCUAUAAUUGGGCUCUACUCAAGCUUUGUGCCACCAUUGAUAUAUACAAUCCUUGGGAGUUCAAGACACCUGGCAGUGGGUCCAGUCUCAAUUGCAUCUCUGGUAAUGGGCACCAUGCUUAGUGAAACAGUUUCUUAUGCUGAACAACCAAUUCUCUAUCUUCAGUUGGCUUUUACUUCUACUUUCUUUGCUGGCAUAUUUCAAGCUUCUCUGGGCUUUCUAAGGUUAGGAUUUGUUAUUGAUUUUCUAUCGAAAGCGACUCUUGUUGGGUUCAUGGCUGGUGCAGCAGUUAUUGUAUCAUUGCAACAACUGAAAGGGCUGCUUGGGAUUGUUCACUUCACUACCCAGAUGCAAAUAGUCCCUGUUUUGUGUUCUGUUUUCAAGAACAAAAAUGAGUGGUCUUGGCAAACUAUUGUAUUGGGCACCAUUUUUCUAAUGUUUCUGUUGACAACAAGGAAGAUUAGUAUGAAGAAACCAAAGCUUUUUUGGAUAUCAGCCGCUGCCCCAUUAACAUCAGUUCUUCUCUCUACCCUCAUUGUGUUCCUCCUCCAAUCCAAAACUCAGGGAAUUUCAAUUAUUGGGCACUUACCGAAGGGUCUGAAUCCACCUUCAUCAAACAUGCUAUAUUUUCACGGCCCUUACUUGGGGGUUGCAAUCAAAACUGGCAUUGUAACUGGAAUACUAUCUCUCACAGAAGGAAUUGCAGUGGGAAGGACAUUUGCCUCUUUAAAAAACUAUCAAGUGGAUGGUAACAAAGAAAUGAUGGCUAUCGGUCUCAUGAACAUGGCCGGUUCUUGCUCUUCCUGUUUUGUCACAACCGGAUCAUUUUCGCGUUCUGCUGUAAACUACAACGCUGGAGCGCAAACAGCACUUUCAAACGUGAUAAUGGCAUCGACCGUGCUUGUGACUCUGUUGUUUCUCAUGCCAUUGUUUCAUUACACUCCUAAUGUCAUUCUAGGCGCGAUCAUCAUAACCGCUGUGAUUGGGCUAAUCGAUUAUCAGUCUGCAUUUCGCUUGUGGAAAGUUGACAAGCUCGAUUUCUUGGCUUGCUUGAGCUCUUUUCUCGGUGUUCUCUUCAUUUCAGUGCCCUUAGGCCUUGCAAUUGCUGUUGGGGUUUCAGUUUUCAAGAUUCUCUUGCAUGUUACGAGGCCAAACACUAUGGUUUUAGGAAACAUUCCGGGGACACAAAUAUACCAAAAUCUUAUCAGAUACAGAGAAGCUUUAAGAAUCCCCUCAUUCCUCAUACUCGCGGUUGAGUCUCCAUUCUUCUUUGCCAAUUCCACAUACCUCCAAGAAAGAAUACUAAGAUGGAUUUGCGAGGAAGAAGAGCGAAUAGAAUCAAAUACUAACGAAAGUUCAAUGAAAUGUGUCAUUUUGGAUAUGACCGCUGUCACAGCCAUAGACACAAGUGGGAUUGACACGAUAUGCGAGCUUAGAAAAAUGCUUGAGAAAAGAUCACUUCAGUUUGUGUUGGCAAAUCCUGUGGGGAAUGUGAUGGAAAAGCUACAUCAGUCGAACAUCUUGGAGUCCUUUGGGGCGAAUGGACUUUAUCUGACAGUUGGUGAAGCUGUUGCCGACAUAUCAUCACUGUGGAAGGCUCAGCCAUGAAAAUGUUGACACAAGAUCUUCAACGCGACAAUGGAAUGAAAAACAAGAAAGGGUUGGCACUUCCAUUCAUUCGCCGUCUGCUUUGAGUUAGUUUUGAUUCUAAUGUGAGGAUUUUCCAUUUUUGCUUCUGUUUUAAGAGAAAUUUUUAGUAACAGAAUUGGUUUUUUUUUUUUUUUUUGGAAAUGCCUAAUGGCAAUCCCUUCUAACAAGAGAUUUUGAAAUUAUUUUUUUGCACCUGAAAAUUCUGAUGCAUCUCGGGAGUUCCUAUCGCCAAUUCCUAAUUCACCUUAA